AUGACAACCACGGUGGCGCCGUCCUCUUCUCCGGCGUCGAGCAGCCGCCCCCUUGGACUCUCCAAAGGUCCGGACCCGCCGAGGCUCCACAAGCUACUGGCCGUGCCCGGGUGCAAAGCAAACAUGCGCAACGAUCUGCUCCUCCUCCGGCCUGGAGACGCACACGAGUCGGAGGCAGCAGAUAAGAGCAGCAUUAGCAGGCACGUGGUGUUUUUCCACGGGGACAUUCAGAACUUCCAGGAGGAGAUGUCCUCGCAGCCCGAGUGCGCCCAGUGGCUGGCGUGGAGCCUGGAGCAGGUGGCCGUCGCGCUGGGCCGCCGCUUUUCCGGCCACCACGUGUGGGUGGUGCGCGCCUCCCGCAUGCACCUGCACAAGUUCAGCAGCUACCGCAACUUUGUGGAGAGCAACAUGUUCGGCGCUCCGCAACACGGCCCGUACUCGCCCGACGGCGGAGCGCUGCGCCAACUCAGGUCUCUGCUGGUCCACGGGAUGGAGCGAGCCGGCCUGCCAAACACCAUCCGGGUUCCGGGCGGCGCCAGCGGCAAAUUCUCCCUCACCCUGGUGGGCUUCAGCAAAGGCUGCGUGGUCCUCAACCAGGUGGUCCACGAGCUGGCCGGCGCCCUGGCGGACCCGGGUCUCUCGGACUUUACCGGAAGCCUUUCGGACAUGUUCUGGCUGGACGGCGGCCACCCGGGAGGAAGCGAGACCUGGGUGACGGACAGGAGGCUGCUGGGGCGGCUGGCCGCCAGCGGCAUCGGGCUCCACGCCCACGUGACGCCCUACGAGGUCCGGGACCCCGCGCGGGCCUGGGUGGGCCGGGAGCACGCGGCUUUCGUCAAGACCCUGAAGGAGUUUGGGGCGCGUCUGUGCCAUAAGAUCCAUUUUGCGGACCAGCCGCCGUCCAUUGAAAAGCAUUUUGGGGUCAUUCGGGAAUUCUGAGCCCCCCUUUAAGAGCUUUUCACAAGCACCAGAGAAUCGAACUUGCAGUCAAGGUCAACCUAGGCCGGCUGUCGUCGCUAUUGGCUGUAGCCAAGCCAAUGGUUCCAUUUGAAUGCCCUAUUCCAAUGUGUCAGCAUGUCAAGAAAUGAAAAUCUGCAUAAAACCUCUGUUUUUAUUCAUUUCGCUCAUUGCUGGCUUAAAAUGAGUGAUUUUCAUCGUUGCGCUGAAUACAGGAUUGACGUUUGCUUUCAUGGUUGGACAUUUGGGCUGCAAAAAAUGGCAAUUGGUUUUUUUAACGGGUCUUCAAAGCAAAAGUCAAGCAUAUGGGAGGGAGGGAGGGAGGAGUCGCAACAUUUCCAUCAGCUUGAAUGAGCCUAAAUGUGCACUAGCUUGUGUGUGGCUUGAUCACAAAACCUGAGUUGGACACAAUCAACUUGCCCCUGGGUUCGAUUGGAAACAUUCCAAAAGAAACUAACACCUGCGGCCAAACGUGCGCGUGAGGUAUCGGACAAAACAGCAGACCAUUGUCAUGACAGUGACAAUCAAGACUUCAAGAGAAAAACGCAAGACUAUUUUGGAAAUACAACCUGAAUUGGCCGCUCAGGGAUCCAAUUCAAUUCCAUCCAUGAUCAGGUUGGUAACAAAUCAUCUUUCCCCACCCAAAUGAAUCUAAAUGUCAAUCAUUCCUUCCGGUGCCUCCCCCAAUUUAUUUUUUAAAUGAAAAAAGAAGCCCAAAGAGGUCAGUUUGCAUUAAGCUAGAAAGAGCUUUCUGGAAUGAAGGACAAAACUUUGAAAGUGGUUUUGUUGAAGCGUACAAUUGAAAAUCAAACAGCCGGAAGCCUCCUUGUCGAAGAAGCCAGCGAACCGGCGAGGAAUGUUUGCCGAGCCGCCACUCAAGCUUCAUGAG